AUGCAAAAAACCAACAAGAAAAUUUUGCCACUGGCUACUGCAGGAACAGAAUUUGAACCGGUGGGCCUUUGGAAACAAAUUCCAGUGGAGUGCGGGUUCUCGAUGCUCACAUGCACCGAUAAUCCUUGCGACGAAGCGAGUACCGACCCGGGGAGUAUCUUCAACGGAGCCCGGAGAGGCCUGGUGGAUGCGGACCGCCCUUGCCGUCUUCCAGAUGUUCAGGGGGGAGUGCUCUACCGAAUGCAAAGGAGCCACAAUAACUUCACCAACAGCCCGCCUGAUACCCAACCGGCCGCCCCAUCAAACUUGGGUUCCAAAAUGCUACCAUACUCCGCCGGCCCUGAGAGCGCCGGGUAUUUCUAG